GUUGGAGAGGAGGAAGGGUUAUCCUGCACCAAACUCCCUUGGGAUCUUCCCACUGGGUGCCAAGGCAAGCCGGCAGAGCCACAGGACAGAAACCACCUGGGACAAAGGCACGUAACCCCAUUUUGGGGUCACUGUGGGGACACCUGACCAGGACUGGGCUGGCAGGGCUGGGAGCAGGGCUGGAGCCACAGCCCAGCACUGGCAGAGGCAGCACCUUUUGUGGCACCUCAUGAUGUCACCCAGGUCCCCUCGCUGGUGUCAACAGUGGUGCAGGGGACAUUCCACUUCCUCCUGAGCACUCGGCUGCGCUGAGCACGGCUCUGCCUGCCAAGGAAUGACCCACCCACCCUACACCACCACAGCCUCUUCCAGCAACCCAGUCAUGACCCAGAGCAACCAGAGCUGCUCCCGUCAGGACAUCACCUUCAAGAGCAGCCUCUACGCCACCACCUACACCCUCAUCUUCAUCCCGGGGCUGCUGGCCAACAGCGCUGCCCUGUGGGUCCUGUGCCGCUUCCUCAGCAGGAAGAGCAAAGCCGUCAUCUUCAUGAUCAACCUGGCCGUGGCCGACCUGGCCCACGUCCUGUCCCUGCCCCUGCGCAUCUACUACUACAUCAACCACAGCUGGCCCUUUGGGGAUGUCCUGUGCUUGCUGUGCUUCUACCUGAAGUACCUCAACAUGUAUGCCAGCAUCUGCUUCCUCACCUGCAUCAGCGUCCAGCGCUACUUCUUCCUGUACCACCCCUUCCGAGCCAAGGGCUGGAAGCGCCGCUACGACGUGGCCAUCAGCGCCCUGGUCUGGCUCGUGGUGGGGGCCGCCUGCGUGCCCUUCCCCAUCAUGAGGAGCCACGGGCUGGGUGCCAACACCACCAGCUGCUUUGCCGACCUGCAGGUGAAGCCGAUCGACAGCAAGGUGGGCACGGUGCUGAUGACCGGCACCGCCGAGCUCCUGGGCUUCGUGGGCCCGCUCAUCAUCAUCUUAGUCUGCACGUGGAAAACAAGAGACUCCAUCCGGGGCUUCCAUAUCCCACAGGAAAACAGCGGGGAGAGGAGGAAGGCCCUCAGGAUGGUUUCUAUGUGUGCCAUUGUGUUCUGCGUGUGUUUUGCUCCCUACCACAUCAACUUCUUCUUCUACAUGUUGGUGAAGGAGAACGUCAUCACCGACUGCUUCGUGAGCACCAUCACGCUCUACACCCAGCCCUUCUGCCUGAGCCUCGCCAGCUUUGACUGCUGCUUGGACCCCAUCAUCUAUUUCUUCAUGACUUCCGAGUUCCAGGAACAGAUUUCCAGGCACAGCAGCAUGGUCAUCCGGAGCCGGCUCAUGAGCAAAGAGAGCGCCUCGUCGAUGAAGGAAUUGCCCCAUGAGCAGAGAGACCCGGCGAGGAUGGAGAGCAACACGUCCUCUGGGAACUGUUCCUACCCCCAGAUGUCCUUCCAGUCCACCCUCUACGCCACCACCUACACCCUCAUCUUCAUCCCGGGGCUGCUGGCCAACAGCGCUGCCCUGUGGGUCCUGUGCCGCUUCCUCAGCAGGAAGAGCAAAGCCGUCAUCUUCAUGAUCAACCUGGCCGUGGCUGACCUGGCCCACGUCCUGUCCCUGCCCCUGCGGACUUACUACUACAUCAACCACAGCUGGCCCUUCGGGAGCUUCCUGUGCCAGGUGUGCUUCUACCUGAAGUACCUCAACAUGUACGCCAGCAUCUGCUUCCUCAGCUGCAUCAGCAUCCAGCGGUACCUGUUCCUGCUGCACCCCUUCCGAGCCAAGGGCUGGAAGCGCCGCUACGACGUGGCCAUCAGCGCUCUGGUCUGGCUCUUGGUGGGGGCUGCCUGCCUGCCCCUCAUCAUCGUCAGGAGCCCAGCCCUGUCCAACUCCAUCAACAGCUGCUUCUCGGACCUGGGUGUGAAGCAGCUCAGCCCGGGGGCCGCCAUUGCGCUGGUGACGGUGGCGGAGCUGUUCGGCUUCGUCAUCCCCUUUGGCACCAUCGCCUGCUGCACGUGGAGGAUGUGGCAUUCCCUGCGGGAGGGCCCCACGGCGCUGCAGGACGCUGGUGAGAAGCGCAAGGCCCUGAGGAUGGUCCUCAUGUGCGCCGCCGUCUUCUUCAUCUGCUUCACCCCCUACCACAUCAACUUCCCCUUCUUCAUGAUGGUGAUCGAGAACGUCAUCCGGGACUGCGCCGUGCACCGGAGCACGCUGCGCUUCCACCCCAUCUCCCUGUGCCUGGCCAGCCUCAACUGCUGCCUGGACCCCGUCCUCUACUACUUCAUGACCUCCGAGUUCCAGGCGCAGCUGCUGCGCCACGGCUGCGUGGCCCUGAGGGCUCGGCUCCCGCCCCGCCGGAGCAGCGCCUCCGGCACCGACAGCGCCCACGACAUCCGUGUCAGGAAGAGGAAUCUCCCUCGCCUCAAGUUCUGGUCUCUUCCCAAGUUCUUCGGCCAAAUAAACAGCAUGGACAUCCCCCCCGUGCCGCCCGACGAGCUGCUCCUGGAGUCCAUCUCCUGAGCGCCAGCGAGUCCUGUCCGUGCAGGGGAGUCCCAGAGCUGCAGUGAGGAAGGCCUGCUCUACUCUCCAAAUCCCUCUGGAAUUGUCCUUGUGUGCUGCAGAUGCCAGGACCUGACCCAUCAGGACGUUGUGAUGCCGGAAGGUUUGCUGGUUGUGUUGUUGCUGCUGGGGACUCUCGUUUUCCGUCCCCUCGAAAGCCGUUGUUGAUGCCGAGGUUCCCCGUGCUGAACCGGGUGUUCAGGUGCCUCCUUUCGGGUGUUUCAGUGCUUCUGCAUGUUUGCUGUUUUGGGGGAUCCUUCUGAACCCCAAGCUGUGAGUGAGAGGCACAGCCUUGGCCCAGCUCUGGGGAUUUCAGCCCUGAUCCUGGGCAGCUUCAGCCACCAUCACCUGGAGCAUCCACCACACCCACAGGGCUCUGGGUCAGGAUCCCUUCAUUAUCUCCACAUAAACUGAACUUUUUCCACUACAAAAAUCCAUCACUCGGGUCCAAUCCAGCCUAAGCUGGACUGCAAGACUAUAACCAAGCAAAGAGUAUUAACCAAUAUCACAUCAGUGUUAUAAAGGAGGGUUCAAUCAAACUGGGCUCAGCUCACUCUGCUGGAAAAGGCCCCCAGAGCUGAGCAGAAGGAUCCACCUGGCUCCUGGGAGCCACAGGCGCUCAGCUGAUUUGGGGGGAUCAAUAUUUGGAAGACAAAUUAUGACAGAUAUGCCACAAGCAAAGAGGGAGACGUGACACCUCCCAGGGCACAUUAACUCACAGAGCUCUGGUGUGAGCUGCAGAAACAGGGACUUGUCUUUGGUGUCUCUUGUGUUGUCAUUGGGAGUCUUGUGUUAUUUGUCAUGUUCCUGACACGUGUGGUUGCACUUGAAGAUCUCAUCCAAACCUUCAGUUUUGCUUUGGACACCACAAACCAUCCCAACCCUCACCGGGUACUGAAAGAAUUUACAAAACUGACUCAAGUACACCCUGAAAGCUUCAAACUCCGAGGAAAUAAAAUGAUCCAGUGUGUGUUUGA